GAAUACUGGAUGUGCAAUUUUUAUUCCUACUUGUUUUAUCUACAAUACAUGAAAAUUGAUAAAAAUAGAAAACUGUUUUGGUGUACUCUCUUUACUGUCUGCGUGUGCGUGUGCGCGUGCGUGUGCGUAUGCGUGUAUGUGUGUGUAUGCAUAAUUAUUAAUGAUAUCUUUUUCAUGCAGUUCAAACAAUUAUGAUACGAACGAUGGAUCUUAUGAUAUCAAUAACAGUGAUGAUAACUCAGAAAACACGGACGAUGAGCCAUUUGAUGACAUCAUUAUGUUCGAAGCCUCUCAACUGACCGUGCGAGAUGUUAUGACAUUAACUAUGGCAUUUUCAAUACGGUUCAAGUUAUCAGAUAUUGGCAGAGAACAUUUAAUCGAUAUGAUUAAAUUAUUAGCAGGACCUGCGUCAAGAAAAGUAAAUAUAUCCAAGUAUAGGUUUCAGCAAACAUUUGAUCAUCCAGACGAUAAAAUAAAAUAUCAUUAUUAUUGCGAUAUUUGUAAUAAGACGAUUAUAUACUCUGGAUCUCACGAAAAUAUUACUAGAAAAAAAAUAACUUGUUUGAACUGUUCAACACAAAGUGAGAUAAAUAUUAAUUCAAAGAAUUACUUUAUGUCAAUAGAUCUAACGUACCAAUUGAAAAUGUUAGUUAAAAACCAAGAUAUAAAAAAAGAAAUUCUACAGUUUCAAGAUUCAAUUAAUCGAAAUAAAUCAAAUGAAUCAGUUGAAGAUAUUUAUGAUAGCGAACAGUAUAAAAAAAUCAAUAAUGAAAACAUAUACUUAACGUACAAUGUCAGUACCGAUGGGGCGCCACUAACAAAAAGCGGAAAAAGAGGAUUUUGGCCACUUCAAAUACUUCCAAAUUUUCUACCACCUAAAAGUAGGUUUAAGUUUAUUCUUCUUGCUGGGAUGUUAACAACAACAAAAGAACCUAACAGUGAUUUAUGUAGCUUAUACUUUUCAAAAUUCAACGAAGAAGCAUUGCGUUUAUACAGAGAGGGUAUUGUAACAACAAAUUUGAAUAACAAAGUAAUUGUCGUCAAAUUUUGUCCUCUAGCUUUCAGUGUAGAUUCCGUUUGUCGGCCUAUUUUACAAAAUAGAUUACAGUUUAAUGGAUAUUACGGUUGUUCAUGGUGCUACCACAUUGGCGUUUACGUUAAGGAUGUUUCAGGAAUCAGGUAUCCAAUGCAAAUAACUGAUCCAGAUUUACGAAGUAAAGAGAAUUACAUUAGAGAUGUUCAAGUCGUAAUUUCAACAAAAAAAAUCUCAGAGAGAGGUGUGAAAGGUAAAACCUCUGUAUCAAUAAUUCCACAAAUAGACAUGAUUUGGUCCUUUAGUUUCGAUUAUCUACAUGGACUUUUAGCUGGUGUAGAUCAACAAAUUUAUAAACAAUGGACAUCAACAAAAACGCAAUGUAAUUUCAAGCUCAACCAUUCCGACAUAAAAGCCAUUGAAAAACGCUUAUUAACCAUUACUCCCACUCAUGAUAUACACAGACUUCCACGAUCAUUAAAAGAUCGUGGCAAAUGGAAGGCUUCUGAGAUUAAAUCUUGGGUUUUAUAUUAUAGUUUACCAUGUUUGGGAGGAAUUAUCAAAGAUGAAGCUUUGGAGCAUUAUUCUCUGUUAGUUAAAAGUUUUUAUACAUUGUUAAAAACAAAAAUUAGUCAGAGAGAAUUAGUCGAAUGUGAACGUGACCUUUUAAAAUUUACAGGACUCUAUGAAAUAAUGUAUGGAACUAAUAACAUGACCUUUAAUGUUCACAGUUUGUUACAUGUUGUUCAUUCAAUAAAGAAAACUGGUCCUCUUUGGUCAAAUUCAACGUUUCCAUUUGAGAGCAAUAUUUACAAAUUAAAGCAAUUUGUCAAUGGGCCAAACGGAAUGGAUAAACAAAUAUCGAGGAAACAUUUACAAAUGUUUCAUUUCAAAACAGGGAAUAUUGAAUAUUCUUCCGUUGAAAUUCGAGAUUUCUGUUCGAAUUUGUUUACAUUUAGGAGAUUAUCGACAUAUUUCGAUUAUGGAGAAAAUAAUGUAUUGUUUGUUGGUAAAAGAUCUAUUGACAUAAUUGACGGAAAGCUUUGUAAAUUAUAUAAAAAAUGUAUAUAUAGAGGUAAAGUUUUGCAUAGUAUUAAAUACACGCGCACAAAACGCACACAAGAUUCUGUAGUGAAAUUGGAAUCUUCCAUUUUUGGACAAAUAGUAGACAUAAUUAGUAGUGAAAACAAAUGUUACUUGAAAAUUUCAAACAUUAAUUUAUUUGAAGACGACCCUUUCAAGGUACCGCAUAUAAAAAAAAUUAAGUCAGAAAAUUUCGAAAGAUGUAAAAUCAUUCCUAUUACUCAUAUAAAAUCAAAAGUUAUGCUUGUAAAUGUGCACAACAGUAGGUAUAUAUGUGAAUUAACGAAUGACUUUGAAAGUCAAUAAGAAUCAAAAUCACUUCCAUAAGAAUUAUAUUGUGUAUGCGUGUUUGUGCGUGUGUGCGUGUACGUAUGUGUGUGUGUGUGUGACAAAUAUUAUAUUUGUUUAUAGAAAAUUGUCCUUGCGAUUUUAUAAUACGUGAAUUUUCUGACGAUAAUGAUUCCACCUAACGAAAAAACCUGUGUUAUACAGUGCCUACCAAAAGUUUCAGGCCACCUAAAUAAUUUUUGAAUAGUUUGUAAUAUAGGAUUGAAAUUUAUAGGGAUGCAAUGGGAUCACAAAGUCUAUUA